UCCUUGGAUCGAUGACAAGUCAUCGUAUGCGUGCGUAGGUGCAGCUCAGGCUCGGCACGCCUGUGCAGCUCCUCGCUGCGUCGCUCGGCUAUUUAAGCUGCCCUUCGGCCGGACACCUCCAGGCUCCAACGCGAUCCCCUCCCGCAUCCCACCAGCAGCCAGCGAGGAAGCAGCUCCCACAUCCGACCAGCGACGAGAAGAGCCAACUAACCCCGCGCUGUUGUUCUUGUUGCUAGCUUGGAUUGGAUCCAUGGACGCCCCGCAAAAGAAGGCUAGAUCCAUGGACAAGGACGGCAAGAUGCCUCCGCUGCCUCUGACUGUGGGCAAGAAGAAGACGGCGUCUCCGUGCCCGGAUACUGUCCGGCUGGUCAGCCAGUGGACACUCUCCACCGCCUGCUUCUUCCUCGUCGUCUUUGCAGUAACCCAGACUCUCGACCACUACCACGUCCCCGUUCCCUGCAGCCCGUCCUCGCUCGUUCUGCGGUGCGUCGAGCUGACGGACGCGGGGGCCGUUGAGGCAGCCAACGCCGCCGCGGAAAGCGCCGGCUGGAUCGGGAUGCUGUGGUGCGGCACGGCACAGGCGGCCGCGGCGGCGCUGGCGCUGCAUCUCCCAUGCCGCUACCGCCGGGUCCGCCGCGCCCUCGCCUACCUCGCGCUCGCGCUCGCCAUCGUCGGCCACAGCUUGUACGCCCGCGCCACCGUCCUCCUCUACGCCGCCGACCCAGGGUCCCUCUUCGCGGUGAUCGGCUGGACCCUGAUCAUAGCCUUCUUGGCGGUGGUCGACCUCCUCUGCUUCCUGGUCCUCGUCAUGGGACGUGAGGCGUAGAUUGACGAUAUGUAGCUGCUGUCGCAGUGUCAAUUUGCUAGAUUGACGAUACUACUCGUUACUAGUACUUACUACUCGAGUGCCCAGAUGGGAUAUGUAAUUACUUUGGAUUGACCGUGGUCACUCUUUGGAGUACGUACUAUGUGCUAUGAAACAUCUGUGGUUUUAUAUAUGCAUCAA